AUGGAUCCCAUGGCUGGCUUGACUCCACGAGAGAGACAGGCAGCUGCAUUGAAGGCUGCUAAGAUGGAAUAUCAAGCAUCUCUACAUAAGGGGGUAUCCCCUUCCUAUCAAACACUGGAGGCUACUGCUAAGAUCAAUCAAUUGGUUACUCGUUUGAAGUCAAAGGUGCCUAGCACACGUGAACAAGUCGUUUUGGGUAUUGUAGAAUGCCCUGAUGAAUUAGGCUUAUGGCCUCUAUUACGGAGUCUAUUAGAUAUACAACCUCAGCCUGGGCAGACAGAAGUGGAUAAAGAUAAGCUUUAUCGUCGAGCAGCGUUAUUAUGCCACCCUGAUAAGUGUGACCAUGAUCGUGCUAAGGAGGCCUUUGCCAAGCUGAGUGCUGAGUAUGCAGCAUCUAAUAAUGCUGCGAAUGCUUUCCGUACUACUGUCGUUACUGGACCUCCCUCUGCCACCACCGGCCCUCGCCGAUGA